GCAGGUGGGUCGAAGUCUCAAGACAGAUUUUUGGACACCAAGCCAUAACUUAUGUCUCACUGAUCUGCUCAUUUCAUCAAAAGCAGCUGGCAUGCAUAUCGGCAGCUUGUAGAAAUAUCUCUUUUUGGUCCUUUUUCAACACUAUUUAUACCACAUCCCUGCUUCUGCUACAAAUCAUCUGUCUUUUCCUUCUUAGCUCUCCAGGCUUGACAUUUCCAGCUGUUCCGCAAUGGCUGCUUACAAAGCCAUUCUCCUUCUACUUGCUGCUCUUCUCUUUGUUACUACAAGGGCUUCUUCUUCAUCAGUUGAGCAUCAUGAAGAAGAAGAACUGAAGUUAAAGGCUGCUUAUUCCAAAGUCCUAGUACCUGCACCAGCUCCUCCUAAGCUUCCAAUAGUCAAGGCACCGGCUCCACCACCCCUGGUCAAGGCUCCAGCUCCACCUGUUCCAGUGAUCAAGCCACCCAGUCCACCACCUCUUCCAGUGAUUAAGCCACCCAGUCCACCACCUGUUCCAGUAAUCAAGCCACCCAGUCCAUCACCAGUUCCAGUGAUCAAGCCGCCCACUCCACCACCAGCUCCAGUUGUCAAGCCACCCACUCCACCAACUCCUGUCAGUCCUCUGCCCCCAGUGAAGCCACCCACUUACCCACCACUGCCCCCAGUUAAAUCCAAAGAGGAUUGCAUCCCUUUGUGUGACAAGAGGUGCCAAUUACACUCAAGGAAGAGAGUCUGCAUGAGAGCUUGCAUGACAUGCUGUGACCGCUGCAGAUGUGUUCCUCCCGGAACUUUUGGCAACCGGGAAAGAUGUGGCAAGUGCUACACUGAUAUGGUCACCCAUGGAAACAGAAGCAAGUGCCCUUGAACACAACUUUCUCUCGCUCUGUUUUUUGGAAUUUUAAGGCGUGCCAUGUUUGCUUAAUACUGUAUGAGAGAGGAGAAGCGAGAAAAUAAUUGUUUUCCAGUGUCUUUUCUAGUUUCUUUCUACUGCUUCCUGCAUCUAUUGAAUGGGCAAUUACUACUACUAGUAUGUAUAAUGUAUGGCCUCGGCUCUUUUAUUCAAAUUUUCAAUGUCAUGUUGUAGCAGAUGUUAGUUAAUAUAUAUAAAUAUAUUAUUGUACUUUUUAGCU